AUGGACAAAUCUCCCCGUUCUAUAGAUUCUAUGCUGUCCCAAGCGGUCGAUGGCUUGGGUGUUUCUCCCCAUGGUGGCUCUUUUCAAACAAACGGUCGUUUAAGUCCAGCGAGGCUAACACUGCAGCGUGUCUAUGAUCAGAGCCAAGGAGUGCAGUCGCAAGAUGCGAGCAAAAUGGUGGAGAUGCCUCCGGGCCCCCCUGCAAAGGGGAAGCCCAGACUUCUCCUGAUGGGUCAGAGAAGGAGCGGCAAGUCAUCAAUAUCGAGCGUAGUCUUUCACAAGCUUCCGCCAAACGAGACGCUUUUCCUCGAGUCGACAGCUCGCAUCCAGAAGGACUCCAUGGCAUCCUUCAUGGACUACCAGGUCUGGGACUUCCCCGGCCAGAUUGACUUUUUCGAGAACCCAAACUUUGACAUGGACGCCAUCUUUGGCGAGAUUGGCGCCCUCAUCUGGGUCAUUGACGCGCAGGACGACUACCUCGAGGCCGUAGCCCGCCUCAAUGCCACUGUGCUGAAUCUCCAGCGUUUCUACCCAAACAUCAACAUCGAGGUCUUCAUCCACAAGGUCGACGGCCUCUCGGACGACUACAAGCUCGACAUCCAGCGCGACAUCACCAUCCGCAUCCAGGAUGAGCUCUCGGAUCACGGCUUCGAAAACGCCCCCGUGACGUUCCACCUGACGUCCAUCUACAACCACUCCAUCUUUGAGGCCUUUUCCAAGGUCAUCCAGAAGCUCAUCCCCCAGCUGGGCACCCUCGAGGCCAUGCUCACGAACCUGUGCCGCACGUGCCGCUUCGAAAAGGCCUACCUCUUUGAUGUGCUCUCCAAAAUUUACAUCGCGACCGACUCCGCCACGGCCGACAUGGCCUCGUACGAGAUCUGCUCCGACUACAUUGACGUCAUCAUCGACAUCACAGAGGUCUACGGCUCCUGGCCGCGGUCCGACGGCCAGCGCAAGCGUCUCGAGGCUGAGCCCUGGAACGCAAAGGUCGAGGAUCAGGUCGCGUGCAACUGGGCCGAGAGCUGUAUGGUCUUGCACGAUUCGCAGCGGCCCAUCAUGCUGCGCGAGGUCGAUCGGUAUCUGGCGCUCGUGGCCAUCAUGAAGGAGGACUCUUACGACCGCAUGCCGCUCGUUAACAUGAAUGUGGAGGCUGUCGUACAGGGUGUUACAGAGUUUUUUGAGAUUACAAAGUCGAGGAAGUGA